AAUUCAUUAUACAAUUGUAGAAGGGGGAAUGCCCUUAUUCGUAUGAGUGAGUUAUCCUAAAUUUUGUGUUCUUCCUAAUGCGCAUGCGCACAUAACCACACGCGUUGGGUCACUUCCUUUCAUUUGUAGCGUGGUGAAGAUGGCGGAACACAAAUCGGUACCCAGCGAUUUGUACAAAUGUGUGUACUCUUUUCUGCUGGAGAACAAGUUCACCAAGGCGGCUCAGCAGUUUGUCAAGCAGAUUAAAGUGAGUCCUCAGGAUCCAAAUGAAGAGUCUCUUCUCAGCAUCUACAACUUCUGGGUGAAAUCACAUCAAUCUCAGAAACGCAAAGCGAUUUCUUAUAAGACUGAAGCCGUUGGCUCAUUAGCCAAGAAGGCAAAAGCUAGUAAAGAGAGCUCCAGCAGUGAGGAAGAUGAAGCUGAUGCCAAACCCAAGAAGGCUACUCCAGCUGUCAAAGCAGUGCCUAUUAAGGCUUCAGCUACAAAACCUGCGACUACAAAAGCUGCAUCUAGUAGCAGUGAACAAUCAAGUGACUCAGAAGAGGAGAAGGGUGCUGCCAAGGCUCCCGUAAAGCCAACAGUAACUGCAACUGGAGCAAGAAAGAAAGACACCAGCUCUAGUAGUGAGGAAUCAGACUCUGAAGAGGAGCAGCCCACCAAAGUGCCAUCGAAGCCAGUCGUCACCCCCAAGCCGAAAGCUCGCAUUUCUAGUGGAGGAAUGGCUACAAAAAAACAAGAGAGCAGCAGUGAAGAAAGUUCCUCGGAGGAUGAAGAACCGUCCAAGGCUCCAGUGAAACUUGCGCCAGUGAAAACUGUUGCUGCAGCUGCCGAGUCGAGCAGUGAAGACUCCUCAUCUGAAGAUGAGGCUCCUCCAAGGAAAAAACCCAAAUCAGGAACAUACAGUGCAGUCCCACCUCCUACUUCAGUUCAGAAAGCUGUAGCCCCACCAGCAGUCAGCAAGGCAAACGACGACGACAGCAGUGAUGACAGCAGUGACGAGGAUGAAGUGAAGAAAGUAGCCGCUAAACCUGCACCCAUUAAGAAGACUGUGCCCACAAAACCUGGUUUGAAGAAGCCUGCAGCAAAGAAAGAGUCCAGUUCUGACAGCUCAGAUUCAAGUUCUGAUGAAGAGGAGACCAAGAAGCCUGCAGCCAAGGUCACCCCAGCUAAAGCAGCCUCAGUCAAACAAACCCAAGCAAAGAAAGCGCCAGCUAAGAGCAGCUCUGACUCCUCAUCUGAAGAGGAAGAAGCUGUCAAAGCCAAGCCAGUUGUGUCAAAAACUGCUGUUCCUGCCACCAAAGCCGCCGCUGCAGCAGCAGAAAGCAGUUCAGAUUCUGACUCCUCAUCGGACGACAAACCUGUGAAAGCAACUGCUAAACCUGCCGCCCCAGCUACAAAGCCUGCAACUCCCGCCGCUAAAGCUGCUGCAUUGGCAGCAGCUGAGAGCAGUUCAGACUCCGACUCCUCAUCUGAGGAUGAAGAACCUGCAAAGGCCAAGGCACCACCACCUAAACAGACUAAACCUGCCGCAAAGGCCACUGCUCCAGCAAAGACCGCAACUCUCACAAAGACUGCUGUAGCGGAAAGCAGCUCAGACUCAGAUUCCUCAUCUGAAAAUGAAGAACCAGUGAAACCGAAGCCAUCAAAUGUAAAACAUUCAACGCCAGCUUCAAAAACUCCCGCAGUAACAGCUGCAAAAGGAAAAGCAGCAUCAAAAAGCAGUUCUGAUUCGGACUCAUCGUCUGAAGAUGAAGAACCUACAAAAGCCAAGGCACCCCCGAGUAAACCUUCCACACCUUCUGCUAAGGCUGCAAGCACAGCAAAGGUUGCGCCUCCAGCGAAGGCUGCAGCAGCAGAAAGCAGCUCUGACUCGGAUUCCUCUUCUGAAGAUGAAAAAACAGUCAAAGCAAAGCCAAAACCUGCCACCCCAGGUUCAAAGGCUGGCACAGCGGCAACAAAAGCUCCUGCUGUAAAGCCAGCGGCAACAAGCAGCUCUGAGUCAGACUCUUCAUCUGAGGAUGAGGAACCUGCUAAAGCUAAGCCAGCGAAGAGUAAGCCUGCCACUCCUGCCGCAAAGACAGUUGCUGCAGAGAGCAGUUCAGACUCUGACUCCUCGUCUGAAGACAAGACAGUGAAAGCAAAGCCUGCAAAGGCAAAACCAGCAACUCCUGCAGCAAAAAGCAGUUCGGAGUCUGACUCCUCAUCCGAGGAAGAGGACGAACCCCCUAAAGCAAAGCCAGCUGGAGUUAAAACGGCUGUUUCUGUGGCAAAGACUCCAGCUGGCGAGGCAGAAAGCAGCUCAGACACAGACUCUUCUGAAGAAGAAGCCCAAGCCAAGGCUAAACCUGUGGCCAAGAAACCUGCCAAGAAGGCAGCAGCGGUAGCUAAAGGUGCAACUCCAGCAAAGAAGGCAGAGAAAAGUAGCUCCGAGUCGUCAGACAGCUCAAAUUCUGAGACGCAGACCAAGACCACCCCAGCCAAGGCUGCCAUUGCCAAUGGCAAGGCUUCCAAAGCCGUGCCGGCUAAACCUGCAAAGUCAUCUUCCAGUGACAGCAGCUCAGGAGAGGAGGCCACUAGGAAAAGUACUUCGAAAACUUGCAACCCUGCGGAAACCACCAAGGCCACUAAAGCUGAAGACAGCAGCAGCUCCUCAGACAGCACAGAUGAAGAUGAUGAUGAGGCAUCGGCAAAAUCUGCCACUACGCCAAAGGCCAACGGCACCAAUGGCAAGCAAAAGAAUGAAAAGUCAUCAGAAAGUGAAAAGGAAGUCACGCAGACAAAGACGCCGAAAAAUAAAAAAGCAGCAACGACACCACAAACCUUUCCCAAAGCCAACAAGUCUUCUAACGUACCUUUCCGAAGAAUAAAGGAAGAAGAUGUCCAUGUGGAUCCCCGUCUUGCAGACAAUUCUUUUGAUGCCAAGAAGGGCUCCAAUGGCGACUGGGGCCAGAAAGCGAAUGACGUUCUCCGCUUUACCAAAGGCAAAUCAUUUCGCCACGAAAAGACGAAGAAGAAGAGGGGAAGCUACCGGGGCGGCGCCAUCAACACUUCGGUCAACUCCAUUAAGUUUGACAGUGACUGAGGAGCCUGCCUCUCCCCCAUCGACCCCACAUGAACUCUAUCGCACUUCUGCGAUGUGGACCUUCUGAAGUAGUUGGUACUUUGUCAGAUACCAUUUAGUUUAAAAAUAACACUUGGUGGGAUUUCUGGUGAAAGAAACAAAAGUUGUCGAAUUAGCUUUUAUAGCCACAGGCUGGUUUAAGACCCAUCAGGCUACUCAUUAAAAAAAAAAAAAGCGUUCAUUAGUAUAAAUACUAUGGUUAUUCCCCCCCCCCCAGUAUUAAUUACAGUCAUCCACCUUAUGACUUGUUUUUCAACAGAUUGUAUACAUUCGUCAGUCUAUGUGAACAUUCGAGAGGUGUUGUACUCCCUAUUUUUUCCUUAAAUGAGUUUUUUGGGGAAACAUUGUAGAGGUAUAUUUUAGGGUGUAUUUAUAUUUCUUGCAUUUUAUUCCAUUUCAUUGAGUUGGACUUCAUGUUCCUUACAAGCCAUUUUUGCAUUGAAACAGAAAUGCUUCUCCAGUUUUUUCCCCCUGUAAUUGAUAGAAAAGCAGUCCUGUAAUUGUGCAUUUAUAGUUGCCACCAGGUGGCGCCCUGAUGAACCGCGAAUCAGUUGGGUGGAGCCAGAGAAAAUAAGCUGCAACAUUGUGAUCUAAAUGAUUGUUUGUAUACUGUAUUUCAUGUGACCUACUCCGAGCAAAAAAGAGGAAAAGUUCAAUUAUCUCAUGAAAAUAUAAUUUGGCAGCAUGGCAGGCUUUGGUUUGAGCUUGUUGCAGGCAAACCACAUCCUUUGAGAAGCUAGCAUUCAUUAUUCAUGUCUAUCACUUGCCAGAAAACUGAUAUGGGAUGCAGUUUUUUCUCCUGGGUAAGAGAUGGAUGGGUUGUUGCCUGGGUAUCAAGUUUCCAAAAUGUACAAUUUAACCUUGUAAAAUCGUCAUCACACUUGAUUUGCCAUCAUCAAAUGAAUUCAAAUAUUAGUCAAAGGCUACAUGUAAACACAAAAUGCAGGUUUGAAAAUACAUUUUUUAAAAAAUCUUUUGAAACA